AUGACCGAAAAGGCAAAAAGGGCAAAUGCCGCAGCAUCAACAUGGGCAAGGCAGGUGCCAGGGCAUGUCAUGCGCAACAUCAAAUCACUGGGUCGCAAAUACUUUCCGGGAAAGGGUGGCCAGCCGGGAAAGGUUGGCCAGCCGGGAAAGGGUGGCCAGCCGGGAAAGGGUGGCCAGCCGGGAAAGGGUGGCCAGCCGGGAAAGGUUGGCCAGCCGGAAAAGGGUGGCCAGUCGGGAAAGGGUGGCCAGCCGGGAAAGGGUGGCCAGCCGGGAAAGGGUGGCCAGUCGGGAAAGGGUGGCCAGCCGGGAAAGGGUGGCCAGCCGGGAAAGGGUGGCCAGCCGGGAAAGGGUGGCCAGCCGGGAAAGGGUGGCCAGCAGGGAAAGGGUGGCCAGCCGGGAAAGGGUGGCCAGCCGGGAAAGGGUGGCCAGCAGGGAAAGGGUGGCCAGCCAGGAAAAGGUGGCCAGCAGGGAAAGGGUGGCCAGCCGGGAAAGGGUGGCCAGCCGGGAAAGGGUGGCCAGCAGGGAAAGGGUGGCCAGCCGGGAAAGGGUGGCCAGCCGGGAAAGGGUGGCCAGCCGGGAAAGGAUGGCCAGCCGGGAAAGGGUGGCCAGCCGGGAAAGGGUGGCCAGCCGGGAAAGGGUGGCCAGACGGGAAAGGGUGGCCAGACGGGAAAGGGUGGCCAGACGGGAAAGGGUGGCCAACCGGGAAAGGGUGGCCAGCAACAGUGGUCUCGUCUUCAAGGGCCCUACAGAAACCACAUACCGCCUCGCUAA